AUGAGUUCAGGCGCCGGCACCGGAACAACCAAAGGAGGCAGAGGAAAGCCAAAGGCUUCAAAGUCCGUCUCUCGAUCGAGCAAGGCCGGUCUUCAGUUUCCCGUGGGAAGGAUCGCUAGAUUCCUCAAGGCCGGAAAGUACGCCGAGCGUGUCGGUGCUGGUGCUCCGGUUUACCUCUCCGCCGUUCUUGAGUACCUCGCCGCCGAGGUGUUGGAGCUAGCUGGAAACGCAGCAAGAGACAACAAGAAGACACGUAUCGUGCCAAGACACAUUCAGCUUGCAGUGAGGAACGAUGAAGAACUGAGCAAACUUCUUGGAGCUGUGACGAUCGCUAAUGGAGGAGUCUUGCCUAACAUUCACCAGACUCUCCUCCCAGGAAAGCCUGCAAAGAACAAAGGCGAUCUGGGAUCCGCUUCUCAGGACUUUUGA